AUGGCACCGAAGAGAAAGCCUACGGUGAAGGCAGCGAAGCCGCUGACAAAGGCGCCACCGAACACGUGCACCGUCGCGCCCAAGGAGAAGCCGGCGACCAUGUCACAGGAGGAGUGGGAGAAGGAGAUGGAACGCCGCUCCCUCAUCACGACCGACCGCAGGAGGCACCGCAUCGCCGCCCUCGACGCAAACAAAGCGGCGGCUUCUGCAGAAGUGUGCCUGAGCUUGGGCGGCGGCCUCAACAGCAUCUCGAGCUCCCCGUCGUCGCCGGGUUACUACGCGGGGUACACCGCGGACGCGCCGUCGAUCUCGCAGAUGGAUGGCCGCGCCCGCUACUCCCCCAAGUUCGGGGACAACGACAUGACCGUCGACAACAACGCGUCGUUCUUGCUGGAUUCAACGGCUCGGGGCAGCGGCGCCUUCCGCUUCCCCGACCUGAACGAUUCGCCUGACCUGCGCCGCACCGAGGGCCACGUGAUGGACGGCACUGGCCUUCCCCACCACCUCUUCCCCGAUGACGGCAGGCACACCCACCAGAUUGCCGGCGAGGAGGAGAUCCUGAACGUCAUCAUACGCGGCCAUGCCUACGAACCCCCGGUGGACGACUACGAAGAAGAGGCCGAUGAGGACGAAGGUGAGGAGGAAGUCCAGGAGGAGUUGAUCGACGCCGAGACCGGCGCGAGCGUGAGGAGGACGCGCAGGCGUUCCACCGGCACUCGUGGUCCGAGGUGGAGGUCCUUGGAGGAUGAAUGCAUCAUCGAGGCAUGGGAGAAAGUGAACUUUUGCCCCAUCACCGGCGCAAACCAAACCGGGGACAAGUACUACAAGCGUAUCCUCGAUUGUUUCAAUGAGAAGAAGAACUAUGGUGAUUAUGCCACCAUAGAGAUGAACCGGAACGAGGGUGCCCUCUCCCACCGUUGGAACUUGAUCAAGGCGGCGUGUAGCAAGUUCCAUGGCUACUAUGAGAAGAUCAAGGCACGGAAGGAGAGCGGCAAGACGAUGGUGUAUUGGAUGCUCCAAACUCUCGAAAUGUACAAGCACCAACACGAGGACAAAGACUUCCCCUUCAUGCAUUGCUACAACAAGCUCCAAGGUUGCGAGAAAUGGGACGGCCUCCUCCACACUCUAUUGAAGGACGGGGAAGAUGGGCCGGUCGAUCCAGCCGGCGCCUAUGCUGGCGUGUAG